UCAUAAUAAAUGAGAAUCAUGCUGACUAUGUGCAUAUACAGAGACUUUAAAGACUCCCCUUAAAAACUUCCAUCCCAUUACAUUCCUCCUCUUCACCAUUUAUUUCUCCAAUUCAUUUUUGUAAAUAUCUCUUUAACAAUACAAAGUCCGAAUCUUCUCAACUUUCAUCACCAUGCCCGAUACAACCGUAGACACAAACAUAUCCUUUGUGUGAUUUAUACAUAUUAAAGCUUCUCUCUUCUUCUUUUUUAAUCUUUACUUGUUCAUGGCGGUUCAAACUCACGACCAUCUUUCCACUCUGCUCUUCCUUAACAGAAACGGACAAGAAGGGAACGCUUUUUCGCCGGAGCUACAGAAAUCUCAGUUUCCUUCCAUCACCGCCGGGGUUGGUUCAAGAAAGCGAGCCAGAGAAGUAUCCUCGGUGAUUGAUUUAGAUAUCACGGCGUCUCUGAUGAAUCCUACGCCGUCUACUCCGCCGCAGUUUAUCGGCCGCCGUGGUCAAACUGCUAAUGUAGUCUCCACCGGUCUUCGUUUGUCUCAAGUGCAAUGCCAGAAUCGAGAACAUCGGUUAACAACUUUCCCGAUGAUAACCAGAGAUAUCGCCGGAGAAAUCAAACGUCAAACGGAUGAAUUAGAUAUAUUACUACAGACCCAGGGAGCGGAGCUGAGGCGAAUGUUAGCGGAAAACAAUGAGAGGCACUAUCGUGAACUUCUGAGAACGACGGAAGAAUCAGUUAGGCGGAGAUUAAGAGAGAAAGAGGCGGAGAUCGUGAAAGCCACGCGUCGUUAUGCGGAGCUUGAAGCACGUGCAGCGCAGAUGGAGACGGAGUCACGUGCUUGGCAGGUGAGAGCGGCAGCGAGAGAAGCCGAAGCGACUUCGUUACAAGUUCGACUGCAGCAAGCGUUCGCCAACGGCGGGGGUGUCACGCCGACGGAACCAAAAUCGGAAAGCGAUGACUGUGUGGAUGAAGCUGAAGACGCCGAAUCGGCUUACCUUGAUCCUGACCGGUUCGAAUUGAUCGGCCCGAGUUGUAGGAUUUGCCGACGGAGAUCGGCGACAGUGCUGGCUUUGCCGUGUCGCCAUUUGAUACUCUGUAAAGGAUGCGACGGUUCUGUUCGAGUUUGUCCGGUUUGCUUUAGCUCGAAGAAUUCAAGCGUGGAG